GCCAUUACGGCAUUACUGUAUGAUUUUCAAACAAUACACUCUUUUUUCCUCAUCACUUUGUUACUCUUUUUGUACUUUCUCAGGUAUGUCUCUGACUUCUGUGAUCAUUCAUUCAAACUGGACCCAGAUCUUUACAUCUGAGCCUCUCUCCCUGAGCUGUGGGGUUCAGGGCAACUCUACUGGAUGGAGACUGAGGUGGUUCACAGGCAGAGGAGGAGAAUCACUGUGUCCCACUGACUGGAGAUCAGAAACAGGAUCCAACUGCAGCAUUAGCUCAGCAUCUCAAUCAGACAGUGGAGUUUACUGGUGUCAGUCUGAGUCUGGAGAGCAGAGUAAUCCUGUCAACAUCACAGUGCAUAAUGAAGAUGUGAUCCUGGAGAGUCCUGCCCAUCCUUUGACUGAGGGAGAUCCUCUGACUCUGCGCUGUAGAUAUCGCUACCAGCCAUCAAACAUCAGUGCUGACUUCUAUAAAGAUGGGACACUCCUGCAGACCUCCACCACAGGAGAGAUGACCAUCCCUGCAGUCUCAAAAUCACAUGAAGGCCUCUACAAUUGCAGCAACCUAGAGAGAGGAGAGUCACCAGAGAGCUGGAUCACUGUCAAAGUUUCAGAUGCUGGGUCCUCCAUGUUGGUGGUAGCAGUGGGUGUGGUGAUGGGACUGCUUGUUGCGUUUGCUCUGGUCAUUUCACUGGUCCUGCUGUAUCGCUACCAGAAAGCCAAAGAUUCAUGUUCAGUGACUCCAAACCUUGUUCAGCAGCAGAGCAACAGUCACAGUUCAAUCUCACCACAAGUGGCAGGUGGUGCUGUAGCUGGAACCGGUGAUGUGGUCUAUGCUGAGAUUGAGCUGAAGGACAAGAAUGCAGAGAAGAAAAAGAAAAAAAGCCCAUUUGUGAAAUCCAAUACAGAUGCAAACAAUUCAGACACUCUGUACUCAGUCCUGAAGCCAGUGAAGAAACCAGAUGAAGAUGGAGCUGGGCCUAGUGAUGUGACUUAUGCACAGGUUAAUGUUAAACCAAAGACACCAAAGAAACCCAAGAAACCAGAUUCAGCUGGCCCUAGUGAUGUCACAUAUGCUGAUGUACAAAUCAAGAUGAAACCACUGGAAAGAAGAGCCAAACCCAUGUAUUCUGAAGACGAACAUGUUUACUCUUCUGUCAAGCCUGAGUGCUCAUCAGAUGGAGGAUCCAAUGAUGCAACAUAUGCUCAAGUUAGGAAGAAAGCCAAAACACCUGGAAACGCAUAUGCCUGAGAAUAAAACAAAUGCCCAUCAAAAGACUCCAAGUCCACAUAGAUAAAGCCUGGAUUUGGGAGACUGUCAUGAUCAAGAGCCACGCACAGAUAAACAUCAUUUAACAGGAAGUGACUGGUUGGUGUUGAUGAGGCAUACUGUAGGGCAUGUCCUGCCAGAAUGAAUCCUUCCUUGAGCUGAGUAGUACAUCACAUCUUUGACUGAGAAUUUGUUUAAACUGGAGCCUAUUUUAGUUUUGUUUUUAUGUCUUUUUAGCCAUAAUUUAAUAGAAUUUCCAGAGAGGUUAAAAAAUACCAAUGCUUAGAUGUGUGAGAUUAACUCCACGAUCGAGAGGGAUGCAUACAUAAACAUUGAUGUAAUUUGCAGUUUGCUCUCGGGUUACUAUGCUAUGGUCAUCUAGGGUCAUAAUCAUGUUAUUAUAUUAUAUUUUAAUCGUAACAUAUGAUACUUUUUCAAUACUUGGCUGGCUUCAUAUGCAGAUGU